AUGUCUCUCUAUGGGACCGGAGCUUUGGGACCGCCGCAUCUCUUCACAACGCUGGAUGGCGAAGAACACAAGAACCUGAGGAAGGCUCUUGGUGGUCAGCAGUGGACCAUUGGGUCUCUGAAGAACAAUUGGGAACCUCGCAUAGACGAUUUGGUCCGUCUGUUCAUCCACAAGAUGACGGAAAGAGCUCAGGCCAAAGAUACGGUCUUGCUCUCGGAAAGAGUAGCGCAAUUCGCCGCGGAUAUCAUGACCAUGAUCUCUUUCACCGAGCCCUGGGGCUUCGUCAAGAACAGCCGUGAUGAGCGAGCCAUCCUCGGCAACUGGCGGAAAGGACUUCCUUUGUUUGGAUUCGCCGGCCGAUCGAAUUCCUUUAGGAAACUUCUGUCCAUUCCUGGCGUUGGCGAGCAGCUCCUCCCCAAGGCCACCGAUAAAGACGGCUUCGGGUAUCUGAUGAACUUCGCCGACAAGGAAGUAUCCCGUCGCGAGGAGAAGAUGGAAGCCGGUAUGACUUCGGAUAAACCAGAUUUCCUCCAACACUGUCUAGACGCACGAAUGGACGGAAAGCCCCUCAGCCCGACGCAAAAGAGAGCCCAUGUGACACUUCUGAUUCAAGCAGGAGCAGACACUACUGGGACUGCGCUUGGCGCCACUUUACGAUUUCUGGCCUUGAACCCCGACAAGAUGAAACGCGCGUGGGAGGAAGUUGACGCUGCUGAUCGUGCAGGCAAAUUGUCGGACCCAAUUCAAUACGAAGAAACGCGCGAGCAUCUGCCUUUCUUCUGUGCAUGCAUCAAAGAAGCAGUUCGAUUAUGCCCCCCUGCCGACAACCUUUUCGGGCGUGUGGUUGGAAAGGCGGGUAAAGUGAUUGACGGACACUUCCUUCCUCCCGGGACAGAGAUCACGAGCAAUGCAUACGUCGUGCAGCGAGAUCCGGUCUUGUACGGCCCAGAUCCCGAGGUCUUCCGCCCCGAACGGUGGCUUGAAAGCAAAGAAAAGGCUGCGGAAUUGGAGCUUCACAGCUUUGUGUUUGGCAUUGGGCCCCGCAUCUGUCUGGGAAAGGACGUCGCAAUCAUCGAGCUGCACAAGCUUCUUCCCGAGAUUAUUCGCCGCUUCGAUAUCGAGAUUGUCACUCCAGGAAGGUUCGUGGUGGCCGGGGGUGUCGCAUAUUUCAACGACUUUAACGUGAAGUUGAUAGCCAGAGAGCAAGCUGCUUGA